CCUCCGGUGAUCUCCUUUCUCUUGCUCUCACCUCCGGCAACCCCAAACUCAGACCAAAAAGAACAACCAAGAGAACCCCAGAAUCAACCAAGAAGAAAAAAUCAAAUCCCCCCAAAAUCAAACAACCAAAAUCAAUCUCCAACCCCCUAUCAACCAACAACACCCUCUAAGCAAACUCCAAAACUUUACCAACCACCCCCCUUUCAAUCUGAUUUUUCUCUAUAUAUAUACCCAAACAAAGAUAAAAUAAUAAAAAAAGCCUUGCUCUGUCAAUGCUAAUUUGUCUGGAGCUGCUAUAGCGUGCAGGGGCAGAGCAGCAGGGGUGCAGCAAGGCUCGGUGCAGGGUCAUGAUGCUGGCGCAGCAGGCGGCAAGGGGAUCUGGUGCAACAGGGGGGUAUGAUUGUAGGCAAUCUGGGCGCAGAAAGGGCAGGGGAUUUGGUGCAGCAGGCGAGCUCGAUGCAGGGCUGGUGAUUGGGCGCAGAGAGCAGGCGCGCAGAGGCCAGGGGGCGCCGGUUCGUGCAGAGGAUCUGGGCUCGGGUGUGGGCGAAGGGAGAGGCGCAGGGUGCAGGGCUGGCUCGCGGUGUAGGGGCACAGGGGCUCAGGAGCAGGGGCGCAGUGGGCGCGGGCUAGCUGUUGGUAAAGUCUAUCCUUUUCAAGAAGUAGUGAGGAAGGUUCUUAGAAGCUUGCCCAAGAAUUGGGAAGCCAAGAAGACUGCAAUUGAAGAGUCUAAGAAUCUCAACACCCUCAAACUUGAAGAUCUCAUUGGAAAAUUGAUAACAUAUGAGAUAAAAGUUCAAGUUGAUGGUGGAGUUGAAGUAGUUGAGAAGAAGAAGAAGAAUGUUGCUUUCAAGGCUAGCAACCAAAAGGAAGAGAAUGAAGAUGAUGCUAGUAAUGAUGAGCAUAGCAAUGAGGAGGACAUCACCAAAUUGAUUUCAAAGGAAGUGAAGAGAUUCAUGAAGAAGAACAUCAAGAGCAAGCUUGCAAAAAAAGAUGAAGGAGAGUCUACCAAAAGGAGUGUGAAAUGCUAUGAGUGCAACAAGAUGGGGCACUAUAGAAAUGAAUGUCCCAAAUUGAAGAAGGGUGAAAGGAAAAACAAGAAGAGCAUGAAGAAGAAAGCUUUUACCGCCACUUGGAGCAAUGAUGAGACUAACUCAACGGAAAGUGAAAGCUCCUUGGAAAAUGGUGUUGCAAAUCUUUGUUUCAUGGCUCAAGAGGAUAGCUAUAGUGAUGAGGAGGAAUGAGAUUGAAUCUCUCUCAAAACAAAAUGAGGUUUUAGUUAAAGAGAAUGCUUAUUUAAAUGGUGAGAUUGCUUCUUUAAAGAAUGAGGAGUCUAAUAAUGCUUUGAAAAAGGAAAAUGAGGAUUUAAAGAAAGGAAAUGAAGAUUUAAAGAAGGAAAAUGAGGUUUUAAAGAGAAAAGUUUGUGAUCUUGAGAAUGUGAUUUCCAAAUUUACUUUGAGUAAAGAAAAUUUUGAUUC